GAGAUGCGAGUGCACAUGGAUUGCCCCGGUUGCGAGAGCAAGGUCAGGAGUAAGCUGGAGAAACUAAAAGGUGUGGACACGGUCGAAAUAGACAUGACCCUGCAAAAGGUGACGGUCACCGGAUGGGCCGACCAGAAAAAGGUUCUGAAGGCAGUGAGGAGGACCGGAAGGAGGGCCGAGCUUUGGGAACUGCCCUAUAACCCGGUGCAUGAUACCUCCGGCGCGCUUGUCAAUCAACACCAAAUCAAUGGCCCUCUCACAUACCAUGCUCCGCAACCUUCAUCUCUUUAUAACUACUAUAAGCAUGGAUACGAUAGUAGUGAGCCUAGGUACUACCAUCAGCAUCCAGGGCAUACCACGGUUUUCAGUCACCAGACUGGUGCGACAUUUAGCGAUGAUAACCCUAAUGCUUGUAGUGUAAUGUGA